AUGCUUUCCCCGGACGCUCCAGAGCGCCGCGAUGCUCUCCCCGGACGCCCCAGAGCAUCGCGAUGCUCUCCCCGGACGCCCCAGAGCGUCGCGAUGCACUCCCCCGACGCCCCAGAGCGUCGCGAUGCUCUCCCCGGACGCCCCAGAGCGUCGCGAUGCUCUCCCCCGACGCCCCAGAGCGUCGCGAUGCUCUCCCCCGACGCCCCUGAGCGUCGCGAUGCUCUCCCCGGACGCCCCAGAGCGUCGCGAUGCUCUCCCCGGACGCCCCAGAGCGUCGCUUUGCUCUUCCCGGACGCCCCAGAGCGUCGCGAUGCUCUCCCCGGACGCCCCAAAGCGUCGCGAUGCUCUCCCCGGACGCCCCAGAGCGUCGCUAUGCUCUCCCCGGACGCCCCAGAGCGUCGUGAUGCUCUCCCCGGACGCCCCAGAGCAUUGCGAUGCUCUCCCCGGACGCCCCAGAGCGUCGCGAUGCUCUACCCGGACGCCCCAGAGCGUCGCGAUGCUCUCCCCAGCCGCCCCAGAGCGUCGCGAUGCUCUCCCCGGACGCCCCAGAGCGUCGCGAUGCUCUCCUCCGACGCCCCAGAGCUUCACGAUGCUCUCCCCGGACGCCCCAAAGCAUCGCGAUGCUCUCCCCGGACGCCCCAGAGCGUCGCGAUGCUCUCCCCGGACGCCCCCGAGCAUCGCGAUGCUCUCCCCGGACGCUCCAGAGCGUCAAUAUGCUCUCCCCGGACGCCCCAGAGCGUCGCGAUGCUCUCCCCGGACGCCCCAGAGCGUCGCAAUGCUGUGCCCGGACGCCCCAGAGCGUCGCGAUGCUCUCCCCGGACGCCCCAGAGCGUCGCGAUGCUCUCCCCAAACGCCCCAGAGCGUCGCGAUGCUCUCUCCGGACGCCCCAGAGCGUCGCGAUGCUCUCCCAGGACGCCCCAGAGCGUCGCGAUGCUCUCCUCGGACGCCCCAGAGCGUCGCUAUGCUCUCCCCGGACGCCCCAGAGCGUCGCGAUGCUCUCUCUGGACGCCCCAGAGCAUCGCGAUGCUCUCCCCGGACGCCCAAGAGCGUCGCGAUGCUCUCCCCGGACGCCCCAGAGCGUCGCGAUGCUCUCCCCGGACGCCCCAGAGCGUCGCGAUGCUCUCCCCGGACGCCCCAGAGCGUCGCGAUGCUCUGCCCGGACGCCCCAGAGCGUCGCGAUGCUCUCCCUGGACGCCCCAGAGCGUCGCGAUGCUCUCCCCGGACGCCCCAGAGCGUCGCGAUGCUCUCCCCGGACGCCCCAGAGCGUCGCGAUGCUCUCCCCGGACGCCCCAGAGCGUCGCGAUGCUCUCCCCGAACGCCCCAGAGCGUCGCGAUGCUCUCUCCGGACGCCCCAGAGCGUCGCGAUGCUCUCCCCGGACGCCCCAGAGCGUCGCGAUGCUCUCCUCGGACGCCCCAGAGCGUCGCUAUGCCCUCCCCGGACGCCCCAGAGCGUCGCGAUGCUCUCCCUGGACGCCCCAGAGCAUCGCGAUGCUCUCCCCGGACGCCCAAGAGCGUCUCGAUGCUCUCCCCGGACGCCCCAGAGCGUCGCGAUGCUCUCCCCGGACGCCCCAGAGCGUCGCGAUGCUCUCCCCGGACGCCCCAGAGUGUCGCGAUGCUCUGCCCGGACGCCCCAGAGCGUCGCGAUGCUCUCCCUGGACGCCCCAGAGCGUCGCGAUGCUCUCCCCGGACGCCCCAGAGCGUCGCGAUGCUCUCCCUGGACGCCCCAGAGCCGUCGCUAUGCUCUCCCCGGACGCCCCAGAGCGUUGUGAUGCUCUCCCCGGACGCCCCAGAGCAUCGCGAUGCUCUCCCCGGACGCCCCAGAGCGUGGCAGAGCUCUCCCCGGACGCCCUAGAGCGUCGCGAUGCUCUCCCCGGACGCCCCAGAGCGUCGCGAUGCUCUACCCGGGCGCCCCAGAGCGUCGCAGAGCUCUCCCCGGACGCCCCAGAGCGUCGCGAUGCUCUCCCCGGACGCCCCAGAGCGUCGCGAUGCUCUCCCCGGACGCCCCAAAGCAUCGCGAUACUCUCCCCGGACACCCCAGAGCGUCGCUAUGCUCUCCCCGGACGCCCCGGAGCGUCGCGAUGCUCUCCCCGGACGCCCCAGAGCAUUGCGAUGCUCUCCCCGGACGCCCCAGAGCGUCGCGAUGCUCUCUCCGGACGCCCCAGAGCGUCGCGAUGCUCUCCCCGGAUGCCCCAGAGCGUCGCUAUGCUCUCCCCGGACGCCCCAGAGCGUCGCGAUGCUCUCCCCGAACGCCCCAGAGCGUCGCGAUGCUCUCCCCGGACGCCCCAGAGCGUCGCGAUGCUCUCCCCGGACGCCCAAGAGCGUCGCGAUGCUCUCCCCGGACACCCCAGAGCGUCGCGAUGCUCUCCCCAGCCGCCCCAGAGCGUCGCGAUGCUCUCCCCAGCCGCCCCAGAGCGUCGCGAUGCUCUCCCCGGACGCCCCAGAGCGUCGCGAUGCUCUCCUCGGACGCCCCAGAGAGUCGCUAUGCUCUCUCCGGACGCCCCAGAGCGUCGGGAUGCUCUCCUCGGACGCCCCAGAGCGUCGCGAUGCUCUCCCCGCACGCCCCAGAGCGUCGCUAUGCUCUCCCCGGACGCCCCAGAGCGUCGCGAUGCUCUCCCCAUACGCCCCAGAGCAUCGCGAUGCGCUCCCCGGACGCCCCAGAGCGUCGCGAUGCUCUCCUCGGACGCCCCAGUGCGUCGCGAUGCUCUCCCCGGACGCCCCAGAGCGUCGCGAUGCUUUACCCGGACGCCCCAGAGCGUCGCGAUGCUCUCCUCGGACGCCCCAGAGAGUCGCUAUGCUCUCUCAGGACGCCCCAGAGCGUCGGGAUGCUCUCCUCGGACGCCCCAGAGCGUCAUGAUGCUCUCCCCGCACGCCCCAGAGCGUCGCUAUGCUCUCCCCGGACGCCCCAGAGCGUCGCGAUGCUCUCCCCAUACGCCCCAGAGCAUCGCGAUGCGCUCCCCGGACGCCCCAGAGCGUCGCGAUGCUCUCCCCGGACGCCCCAGUGCGUCGCGAUGCUCUCCCCGGACGCCCCAGAGCGUCGCGAUGCUUUACCCGGACGCCCCAGAGCGUCGCGAUGCUCUCCCCAGCCGCCCCAGAGCAUCGUGA